AUGAGAUUCCCUUCGAUAUUCACAAUUGCUCUGCUGGUUUCCAUAUAUUCUGGCAACAAUUUCAAAGAGAAUCCGUUCUCCAAACCUGAUAUCAACUUUAUCAUUCCUCCGUCACCAUCACAAUUUCUCCUAUUUGGUCUCUAUUUCAUUAUUAUGGCUGUUAAAUUUCUAUAUGCGCAAGAACAUGAUGAAGAGCCGGGUAGAGAGAGGACGGUGCAGAGAUGGACAACAAUUUCUAUUGUUUUUGGAAUGAUUGUCUCGAUUUAUAUCUGUUGCCUGCCGUAUUUAGUGGAUUUCAGGUCUACGACCUUCUCCUGCAUCUUUUACUUCACCCUGAUAUUCUUCACCGUUUUGUACGGAUUGAUGACAACUGAAUAUAUAAUAAUUAAAGUCUAUUAUGAUCUUUGGAUCUUCCCAGUGGCCCUUCUAGCCCUUCUUUCAUGUAUUUACGCAAGUUUGAUUGUACCAAAAAGUCUCCAUUUCCACAUCAGUGCAUGUAUCUGUUGUGUGUUGUUUGGAAUCCAUGAAAUCGUGUCGAUAUGGAAACAUGGAUUGAACAAGAGGAUGUGGGACUCCGAUUCCAGCCGAUCUAAGCUGAUUAGAGGUGUAAGAAUCACUACCACUUUUCACCAAUGUCUCCUUCUCUUAUUGUUUGAUUUUCGACCAGUCCUCGUGUACUCUCCACUGAAUGACCGGACGGACCAUCUGCCUCCUCCUCCUAUUCUUGGCAGUAGCUGUGCACCACUCCAAUAUAUUGAUCCAUAUGGUGUUCCCACAAUGCGAUUCCCCUCAAUUUCCUAUUUCGCUCUGAUACUAUUCCUUAUGCUUUGCAACAACUUUAGUGAAGAUCCGUUCGCCAAACCAGAAAUCGACUUGACGAUUCUCUCGGAUCCACAGACCUUUCUAAUCGUUCCCUUUCUCUUAAUCGCAAUUCUUAAAUUCUCAUUUUCAAUGAAACAUGAAAAUGAGCCGGGUAGAGAGAAGGUGGUGCAGAGAUGGGCGACAUUUUCUAUUUUCAUUGGAAUGACCGCGACGAUUUAUAUGUGUGCGUUGCCGUAUUUUGUGGAUCCCAUGUCUGUGAGCUUCUCCCGCAUCUGUUCCUAUUCCCUAAUAUUCUUCACCAUCUUCAUCCCACUUCUGACAACUGAAUAUUUAAUAGUCUAUGUCUAUUACGAUCUUUGGAUUUUCCCAGUCGCUCUUCUAGCCCUCCUUUCAUGUAUUUACGCAAGUUUGAUAGUACCCAAGAGUCUCCAUGUCCAAACCAGUGCAUGUAUUUGCUGUGUGUUAUUUGGAAUCCAUGAAAUCGUGUCGAUAUGGAAACAUGGGUUGAACAAGAUGAUGUGGACCUGCAUAUAUGAAGAAUGGGAAGCUGAAAAUGGACCUGUUCAACCAGUUAUUUCUUUCAAAUAA